UGGCACGUUUAUGAACUGUUGAGCGACGUUGCUUGGAUAUUCCAGGAAUAAUAUAACUUUCCGUUUCUAAUACAAUAUGGCAACUUGGGAUGACGUUCGAGAACUAGCUAACAAACUCAAAGAAACGCAAAAUCAACCUAAUAUUUGCAAACUAUCUGAUAGAACAUGGGUCGAUAUUAUACGACACUUGAUGUCUGUGAAUAGAUUAAAGCUGGUCUUCUCAACAGAUGGGCGAUCAUAUUUAACUCAGAACGAGCUUGAUAAAGAAAUCCGGGAUGAAGUUGAAGCAUAUUCUGGUAGGAUUACACUAACAGAACUGGCGUCAAAUCUUGAUGUGGAUUUUGACAUCAUUGAAUCACGAGUCACUGAAUUGAUAACUUUCGAUGCACAAAACAAGUCACCUUGUCGUUUGAUCAGUAUACCUAGUGAAGUUGUCAAUAGUACAUAUGUUCGACGCAUAGCUCAUGAAAUACUUGAUCGAUUAGAAGAACAAGGCCAGACAAGUAUUGGUGAACUGACUACCAUAUUCAGCCUACCUACAACUUUCAUAUCGAAUAUUAUGCAAGAAUAUCAAAGUACUUUAUUUCGUGUACAUAAAUAUGGUGAAAAGUACUUUACAGAUACUUUUCUAAAUGCUUCAAAGGCGAAAAUUCGUGGUUAUUUUACAGGUGUUAUCCGUCCUGUUACUUUGAGCUCGAUUGCUUCGAAACUUCAAAUUCCUGAAAAUUUAAUUAAUAGCAUUGUUUCUAGUCUUAUCAGCACUGGUCAGUUGUAUGGAAAUCUGAUUGCCGGUCGUAGUACCUUCGUUCCAAAAUGUUAUACUCAUGCUGAGGAUACAUAUAUCAAUUCGUUUUACUCUCAGAAUGGUUAUAUUGAAUGGAACUAUUUAAAACGAUUGAAGAUCUCUGAUCCAGCUUCAUAUUUAAAGACUAAACUUCCAAAUGCUAUACAUCUCCCUGGUCUUACGGUCAAUACAUUAAUAGUUGAUCAGUUAAAAUCCCUCAUUUCAGGGGUAGUCCGAGACGUAUCUUGGAUGGACCUGUCCCACUAUAUUCCAAAUGGAUUAGAUUCAGAUGAAAGGUCAGCACUAGUUAACCUUCUUUUGAAAGACGCUCCUGUAAAAAUACUUGAUACAUAUUUAAUUGCUGACAAAUUUAUUGAAAGCUGUGAAGCUCUCCUUGAGACAUACUUAAAGAAAAAAGCCCACACAGCCUUUCACCGUGAACGUUAUGCAAUCCUUUCAGGUCCAAUUCAGCAACAAUCUGUAGAAGUUAAUACACCUAAACAAGCAGUUACAUCUUCCAAAGGUGGAUUUGGUUUCGGUGCACGUGAAAUUAAAACCAAAAAUGUUAAGAAGAAAUAUAAUCCAAGUAAACGUAAGACAGGUAAUUUAUCAGCAGCUAAUGGUGCAGAACAUGAAUUUUCUGGUGGCUUUGGUGAUUCCGAGUUACUUAUAAAGGAUCUUUUUUCUCGUUAUGUUCUCAUGGACGAUAUUAAAAGUAUUUUGUCUUCACAGUUGUCAAGUGAUGUACCCAGUGAAAUGAUUGAUCAGAUCGCUGAUAUGUUGGAACUUUCUCUGCAGCAGUCGUUUGUAAGACAUAUUGGUUCCUUUGUUUCACCGAAUGCAGAUGCUAACUUCGAUCGUGAGAAAAAGUUACAAACCCAGGAAGUAGUUAAUAGUAUGCUUCUCAGUUUGCAGUUGUUGGAGAAAGGAGUUUGUUCAAUAAAUCGUGAAUCCCUGAAAAACCAAUUAUUACUUCAUCUUUUGAAGAAUUAUGGUAUGCCUAUCAUCCGGCAGCUAUGUGAUCACAUUUCCUAUGAAUUCGGAAUUUCCUGGCCUGAAUCAACAACCAGUAAAAAUGAUCCAUCAAAAAUAAGUUCUUCUGAUCCAACACAGAAUAACAGUGUCAAAUCAAAUAUUUCUGAGUCAUUGAGCGUUGAGUCGUACCAUCGUCUGAUAGAACUGUUGAAACUUACUGGUUUACCAGAUGCAACUUCGAUAAGCAGUGCUAUACACCAAGUUCUGGACAGCUUCAAAGUUGGACAAAAUAAUUUAACAUCGCUUGAAGUAUUUUAUACUUCAAUAAAAAAUCUAUCGGUUGACACUCUCGGUUUGACUCUUUCUGUAUUUCAUUCGCCUAAUGGUCACAAUAGUAAACGGGAACGAGAUGAACGACUUAAAGCUAAUGAAUUAGCUAUUCAAGUUGAAAUGCAACUAAAAGAAUCAGUAUGUAAUGCUAAAACUAAUAAUGAUUUAUUAAAAGCUUCAACAAUUGCAACUCUAGCUGCUACCUGUUUGUUCGCUCAAAUUAUUAAUGGCUGGCCAGUGACAGCACCUGGAAAAUGUGUACCUGAAUUAAUUGACUGGUUGUUUGAAACAUUGAAAUCUGAGGAUGAAUUAGAAUGCAACAAUAAUAUGAAGUCGAAUUCACAUAUUGCCGCUCUGAAAAUUUUACAGGCUUCAAAUGUUCUACAUGAUUUGAAUAAAGUGGCCAUUUAUAUUUCAGAGAAAGUACGUUCUGGAAAUGUUUCUGACGAAGAAGCCAAUAUCCAAACCUAUUUGAAACAUAUAUUAGAUGUGGGGACUCAGUGUAGAAAACAGUUGUAUGCAUGAAUGUUAUUUUAGUUAUCAGGUUAUUUCCUAUGGUGUUUGUUUACUUCAUUUAAUUAUUUCUAUAUUCUGACAUGAUUUAUAUUUCAUAUAUUUAUACUUUUGGGACUUUUUUUAGUUGUUGUCUUCGUUACACUAUCUGUAGUUGGCGCGCAGUUGCUUGAUUACUGACAACUUGUAUCCGCUUAUUUAACGAACUUCUAAG